AUGUCCACGGCUGGUGGACGUGGAGAUGCACUGGCGGUGUUGGAGAAGGAUGUCCCUUACGAUACGGGGGCGCUUGGUGGAAACCUAGCUAACCCUGGCACAUGGCGUGGAGUGACCCUCUCACCUCCAGGCACGGUGUUCUGUGAUGGCUCAUUCCCCGGACUCCAACUGGGCUCAUUUGUGAAGGCCGCUGUUGAUCGUCAGCAUGAGCAAGAGGCACUGGCCGGCCAGCUGGACGUGGAGGUGAAAAGAAUCAAGCGCAUUGUGCGUCGGCUGGACUCUCGCCUCGUGCUAAUUCUGGCCGUCCUGUAUGUGUGGGCUUUCAUCGAUCGAGGCAAGCCGGCGAAUUUCUUCGUCGGCUAUAUCCUGAUCGAUGCACCGGCUACCUUCAUCGUGCGGAAGAUCGGGGCCCUUGUGUGGCUUCCAACGAUUGUUGUUUGCUCGUGUAAUGCGAAAGAUUGGAAAGUCUGGGAAUUCUCAUUCCAUGGCUUGUUCAAUAACACUGCUCUGUAUGCUUUUGCAUAUUUCCUGCCGGUUAUCUUACAGAAGAGUCUUCAUUACCCGACCUCAAAAGCUCAACUAUUCACGUUUCCGCCAUACGCUGUGGCAGCCCAGUGGAUUCUCUUUUGCGCCUGGAUAUGUGAUAGGCUGAAGGUAAGAGGGCUGAUGCUGGUUCUGAAUAGCUCGCUGUACAUGAUUGGAGUGUGCAUUACUGCAUUCUGCGAAAAUCCUCACGCAAGAUAUGGCGGUGUUUUCAUUGGCGUGAUGGGCAUUACUGGUAACGCAAGUAACCCUUGGGCCUACGCGCACAAUAAUGUUGGUAAGCUUGUUGCAAACCAGAUUGGAGGUUCGAAUUCUGACUCUAGGCUAGUCGGUCAAGCAGAGCGUGCCUUAUGUGCUGUCAUUAUUGCAGGCAACAUUUUCCAGGCCAAGGAUGCUCCAGCCUACAGAACUGCACUGAUAAUCUACAUUGCAUUCCAGUCUUUCAAUAUCCUGCUGGUGGUCAACAACUCCGUGGAUUUUGCCAGAGCACACAAGAAGGACAAACAGAGAGGAGUUGAUCAUAGAAGGAACGCCCGAUUUCUGGAUCUUGCUUUCACGUCAGAUCUUCCACAGGAAGCCUUCAAUGACAAUGCCCACAUACACCAUGACUCAAGGGGACCAAUUGGCCGGGUCGAACCAGAAACAUCCUUUUCGAGAUUUGGCUCACCUCUUCCUGCCCUUCAUUUUGAGACUCGAGAGCAAGCAUCUCGGGGAUCGGGACAGGCCGAACUCAAUGCGAAUUGCCGACCCGUGUGGAAGAUAUCAGGGCAUCAUUAUCGCCAAAUCGUUACCAACAUCCAAAAGUUUGACCAGGUCAUGCCGAAAGGUUUCAGCAUGCCUUCCAGGCACACCAUGUUCAGGUUUCUCGAGGGUGCAAUCAAGGGCUACUAUGAGCACCUUCCCAAUCUUCACGUCCUGACAUUUUCACCUGUCCAGGCUACCCCAGAACUGAUACUCUCCAUGUGUGCGAUAGGAGUCCUGUUUCGUUUCGAGGCGCACCGAUGUCCCAUGAUGUUCCAUGCAGCAAAAGCCAUAGCAUUCGAACAAAUCAAAAUCCAGGAGCAGGCAAGGCUUGCAGCUAGAGCCAGUCUCCAACCACAGAUACCCCUUUCCAUGUCUCUGGGCCUGAAUAAUACUCAGAGACCCAGCGAGCUCAAGCUGGCCGACAUUGGUGACAAGGUCAUGGAUCCGGAUGUGCAGACCUUGCAGGCGCUGAUAGCUCUUCUGUGUCUCGGUGCUUGGGGAUCUCAACCAGAGCUUGUCAAGGAAGCCAUUGCUUUACAGAGCGUGGCCGCCCCCAUGGUGCGUGGCGAUGGAUUCUCCCGGUUGAGGGUAACGAGUUCUCCUUGCGCAGGCAUGUCUGAAUGGCAUCGUUGGGUCCUCCAGGAGAGUCGAAAGCGAACCAAGUUGAUGACAUAUUGCAACUGGUCUCCGUUGCCUACCACAUACCUCCGCUAA